GGACUCGCCCACUUCGCCGGAAUGUCCAGUACACAGAAGAUCGUUCUAGUCACCGGAUGCUCUCAGGGAGGAAUUGGUGCAGCUCUAUGCGAAGAGUACGCCUCGAGGGGCUGCAAGGUCUACGCCACGGCGAGGAGACUGGAAGCCAUGCACGGAUUCACACACGGCAGUAUCGAGCUUUUGCAACUAGACGUUACGGACCAAAUCUCUAUCGAUGCCGUCGUCAACUAUAUCAUCGAGAAGGACGGUCGCAUAGAUUUUCUCGUCAAUAACGCCGGAAUGACUUGUUCAGGUCCAGUCGUAGAAGUCGAACUCGAUCGUCUCCAGAAGACGUUUGACACGAACGUAUUCGGGAUAGUCCGCGUGUGCAGAGCCGUAAUCCCGUAUAUGGCUGCCAGGAAGAGCGGUACAAUCGUGAAUAUGGGUUCCAUACUUGCACAUGUGACAUUUCCAUUUGCGGGGAUAUACUCUGCCUCAAAGGCGGCGGUCCACUCCGUCACCGAAGCUCUCUACAUGGAAUGCCUCCCUUUCAAUAUCUCGGUCGUCCUCGUCGACUCAGGCGGCGCAGCGUCAAAAAUCAUCAACAACAUGGCUCAGAACGUCGGCGUACCCAGCUUGAGGAUCUAUGGAGACUAUGUAGACGUCAUCCGCGAAGACUUCAACCCCGACCGCCCUGAGGUCAAGGCGGCGACACCCUUGGACGAGUAUGCUCGUGGCGUUGUCAAACCUACUCUGGAAGCGAAACCACCGAGGUCGUUUGGAGUUGGCUCUGGUUCCACACUUGUCCCAUUCAUAGCUUCAGUGGUUCCUAGAGGGGUAUUGCUGCGCUACUUGUGGCAGUCAUUGGUGGAGAAGAAGAGGGUGGUUCUAGCUAAAGCGAAAUGAUCGCGAAUACUUUCCUCAACGACUCUGUUAUUAUGUCGCCAAUAUUCGGGAACAUAUGUACUGCUUGACUUUCCGGUUUGGGGUCGAUGUUUCAGUUUCGUAUAGACCACGAUAACUUCCAUUUUCGUCGAGUAGU